AUGUCCACCUCACUCGAUAUCCUGGUCGAUGAAUGGCUUCGGCUGGAUCAAAAUGCUGACACUAGAAACGAGAUUGAACAACUCCGAAACAAAGGAAAUACUGGGGAGCUGGAGAAAAGGAUGAGGAAUCGAAUUGAAUUUGGGACGGCAGGUCUUAGAGGCCGCAUGGAAGCUGGCUGGGCUCGUAUGAAUGAUCUCAUAGUAAUACAAUCUUCUCAGGGUCUCUGCGCGUAUGUUUUGAAGCAUGUAGACAAUGCGAUGGAGCGCGGUGUGGUCAUUGGGCAUGACCAUCGAUAUCACUCAGCUCGAUGGGCGAGGUUGACUGGUUUGGCGUUCAUUGCACAAGGUGUCAAAGUUUACCUGCUUCGGGGCCUAGUUCAUACACCCAUGGUUCCCUUUGGCGUCAAAAGGCUACACGCGGCAUGUGGCGUGAUGAUCACAGCCAGCCAUAAUCCAAAGGACGACAACGGGUAUAAAGUCUACUGGGAAAAUGCGGUACAGAUAAUCGGGCCGCACGAUAAAGGGAUCGCUGACUCUAUCAAAGACAAGCUUGAACCGAAGAGCUGGGACAUGAACGAUAUCACGUCUUCCCCACUUUAUCAAGAUCCGACUGAUAGUUUGGCACAAGACUAUUUUGCUAGCAUAGGCAAACUGUGUGUUUCUGCCCCUCUCAAUUCUCUGACCAAUGUCAGAUUCGUCAACACUUCUAUGCACGGCGUCAGCCACCCAUUCGUGGCCAAGGCUUUUGAGAUUUUUGGGCUCCCUCCUUUCAUUCCAGUAAGGGAGCAGCAGGUUCCUGAUCCAGAAUUCCCCACAGUGAAGUUUCCAAAUCCGGAGGAAAAAGGUGUGUUACAUGCAGACCUUGCAAUCCAAACAGCAGACAGAGUGGGGGCAGCGUAUUUUUUAGCGCAGGACCCGGAUUCUGACAGAUUCUCCGCGUCUGAGAAGAGGUCGGAUGGGAAUUGGACUAUAUUCACGGGCGAUCAAUUAGGGACCUUGUUUGCUGGGCGAGUACUGGAGUUGUACAAGGCUUCCGGGAAGCCUAUAGAACAGCUCGCUAUGGUUGCGUCCACAGUAAGCUCUAAGAUGAUAGAGACUAUGGCACACAUUGAAGGAUUCAGAUUUGUGGAGUGCUUGACCGGAUUCAAGUAUAUUGGAAACACUGCAUUGGGCUUGGUUGAAGACGGCUUUGAGGUGCCGUUUGGUUACGAGGAAGCCAUUGGAUAUAUGUUUGGCUGUGAGGUCCGAGAUAAAGACGGGGUUGCAGCAACAGCCGUUUUUGCAGAACUUGUAGCCUCGCUGCAUCGACAGGGGAAAACAGCAUCUGAAUAUCUCCAGGAGCUUUAUGACAGAUACGGCUAUUUUGUAACAAGCAACAGUUACUUCAUCUGCGAUGAUGCCCAUAUCAUCGAUCGUAUUUUCACUCGCAUUCGCAACUAUGACGGAAAAGCCGCACAAAACCAUCCAGCCUAUCCUCAGACCAUCGCCGGGCUUAGCAUCACUGGUGUCUGUGACUUGACUACCGGCUACGAUAGUUCCAACCCACCGGAAUACAAGCCCAAGCUUCCACUGUCGUCUGGGCACAUGAUUCAAUUCAGGGCACAAUCUCGGGAGGGCGUUAAAAUUGUGUUGACGACAAGGACCAGCGGCACGGAACCCAAGAUCAAAUAUUAUCUAGAAGGUAGUGGAAAGGCGUUGUCGACGGUGAAACAAGUGCUGCAUGACGUGGUUCAAGAGCUUGGAGAGGAUUGGCUUCAGGCAAGCCGUAAUAAGCUAGGGCGACCAUAA